CCAACCAGUGGCCGGCUAGGCUGGACAUGCGCCGUUGCUGACUUGCUGACUUGCUCUUGGGGGUUAUAGCUGCUGGCAGCAGGCGAGGUGGAAAAGUUACCGAGAAUCGGUUCCGAACACACGCACUUACAUCGUCUUGCAAGGUGCAACCCGAAAAUCAGUUUUCGUUUUUUUUUUAGGGGUAUCCUCUGCCGUCGUUCAUUUUACCGGCCUGGUUUUGAGUGGCUGCUUCAGUCGGCGAUGUUCUCAUCGACCAUCGCAGCACACCUGGGACAGUUGCUGUUGGCGAUGAUGGUGUCGUCGUGCUUCGUGGGCGUUGUGUCGCAGUCGUACAUAAACGACAAGCUGCGAGAGGAGGGAUCCUGCUUCCCAGCGGCAACUUCCACCACCAGCUACAUUUGCAAAGGGGACAAUGUUACCGCUAUACCUGACAACAUGCCUCCAAACAUAACCCAACUAAACCUCAGUGGGACCAGGCUGACAACAAUACCUUCCCAUGCUUUUGCGAUGUAUCCAAACCUACUAGAACUAGACAUUAAAAACUCCAGUCUGCUGAGAGAGAUAAAGGAGGGUGCCUUCAGAGAACUCCGACAGCUACGCAUUCUCGUGAUCAUAGACUGCGUGCUGCUGACGACCAUCGGACCUGGAGUUCUUGGCACCUUCCAGAACCUUCACACGCUGAGAAUCUGGAAGAGCGGGCUGACCACUGUCCCGGACUUCAGCACGUUCAGCACCAUGUCGCCGUCACACAAUCAGAGCAUGUAUGAGAUUGACCUGACGAUCAACAAGAUCAAACGCAUCCCGAAAGGCUCCUUCAGAAACAUCCGGACAUGGCUGCUACGGUUGGAGUACACCAUGAUAGAGGAAAUUGAAGACUACGCGUUUAAGGGAUCUCAGAUCUUUAACCUUGAUUUCCAAAACAACCCAAACCUGCAGGUCCUUGGAGAAAACGCCUUCAGCGGCAUCGCGGACCUCAACAGUCUGUCUGUAUGUGCGCGUGCACGAGCGGCUGCGAGUAUAAGUAUCAUUUUUUUCCGGUGGUCAAGCGAGUGGCUCACUGUUUCUAGGAACCUGUCGAAGACGCGCAUCUCCUACCUGCCGACGGAGGGUCUGAGCAACAUCAGCGAACUGAAUGUGGAGGAUACUCCCAGCCUCAAGCAGUUCCCCUCCGUCUUCAAGUUCUCGCGCAUCGACGUGGCGCGACUGACCUACCCGCACCACUGCUGCGCCUUCCAGCACCCGGAGAAGCAGAACCCUCUGGAAUACCUGGAGCACGAGGCCCGGCGCCAGAAGAUGAUGCUGCAGCACCUGUGCGUCACCUCCUCCCCAGCUCCACACCUGUCUCCCUCCUCACCUCCAGACGACGGCGGCGGCGGCUUAGGGGGGUUCCACGACUUCCACCCCGCGGUGUCGCUGCGUCGUCGGCGCCGCCGCAAUCGAGGACCACGGAGGGCAGCUGCACAGCACGCCGCGAUCCAACCCAAUCGUCGGGUUCGACUCCGUGGCUGGGACACAGUCGCAGCGGGGUGCCUAGCAACGGGUUCCGCCACUUCUCGUAUGGGAAAACCCACUACGCAUGCGCCUGCUCGGGACGGGGUGGGCGGGCCUGAGGGUAACUUCAUGCUGUUUCCACAGUAUGCACAGCACAGCAGUACAGGCGGCCACAACGACGAGUGGUGGGGGGAGGCCACUAACGUCACGGUCGAGCACGACACCUGCUCCACCUUCACCGUCCGCAAGAACUACGCCAACGUCAUCUGCACCCCGCAGCCCAACGCCUUCAACCCUUGCGAGGAUGUCAUGGGGUACGAGUGGCUGCGGGUCGUGGUGUGGUUCGUGCUGCUGGCGGCGCUGUGCGGCAACAUGGUGGUCAUCGUGGUGCUGGUGACGGGCCGGGGCAAGAUGACGGUGCCCAAGUUCCUGAUGUGCAACUUGUCCUUCGCCGACCUGCUGAUGGGGUUGUACCUGCUGCUGUUGGCCUCCAUCGACGUGCACUCGCUGGGAGAGUACUUCACACACGCCGUCAGCUGGCAGAACGAUGGGGGAUGUCAGGUGGCUGGGUUCCUGACGGUCUUCUCCAGCGAGUUAUCGGUGUUUGUGCUGAUGGUCAUCACGGUGGAGCGCUGGUACGCCAUCAGCUACGCCAUCCACCUGACCAAGCGACUCCGCAUCAAGCAGGCCUGGGGGCUGAUGCUCACGGGGUGGCUGUACGCCAGCACCAUGGCGCUUCUACCCUUGGUGGGUGUUUCGGGGUACGGGGCCGUCAGCAUGUGCUUGCCCAUGGAGGCCAAGGACAUCUGGGACAAGCUCUACAUCGUCGCCAUCCUCCUGCUCAACGGCCUGGCCUUCACCGUCAUCUGCGGCUGCUACAUCAGCAUGUUCAUGAAGGUGCGGGCCAGCGACACCAUGGCUCGCAGCAACGACGCCACCAUCGCCAAGAGGAUGUCAAUCCUGGUGUUGACCAACUUUAUCUGCUGGGCGCCCAUCGCCUUCUUCGGGCUCACCGCUUCCUUCGGCUUCCCCAUGAUCGACAUCAGCAACUCUAAGAUCCUGUUGGUCUUCUUUUACCCGCUCAACUCCUGUGCCAACCCGUUUCUCUACGUCAUCCUCACCAAGCAGUUCCGCAAGGACGUCUUCAUCCUGUUGGGCCGCUACGGGGUGUGCACGCAGCGCGCCAACCAGUACAAGGGCACCCUGACCCGCAAGUCCGUCACCACCUCGCGCCACAACGGUCUGGUGCUGCAGAGCGUGCCGCACCACCACUCGGAUCUCACCUUCCUGUCGCACGUCAGCACCAAGAGUUCGCGCUGCUCCCUCAACGGCAACACACCAAAGCACUCCCCACAAGGCACGCCGCACGCCUCGCCGCGCCAGUCACCGCGCGAGGCGUUCAAGCGGCUGGGCUUUCUUCAGGCCGCCUCCUCGCUGGUGUCUCAGGCGGCGGCGGCGGCAGUUUCUGCUGCGGCGAGCGGUGGCGGUGGCGGAGGAGGAGGCGGAGCGGCGCUCAACGGCAGCAGCUCGGCACCGGAGACGCCCAAUAGCGGAGGCGGCGGUGUCAAGCACGGCGCUGGCAAGGAGCGGAGGCUCAGCGUUGUACCGGAGUCGAGCCAGGUGUCUGAUGAUGGCGGCAGCGGCACACACGAGGAGCGCGUGCUCGAGGCACGUGACUCGCUCCGCGAUCUUUUCGACGGCAAACCGCUGGGCCGCGUGCGGAGCGCCAGCGAGUACGUUGUGCUGUACCCCCCUGCUGCCGCAGCCGCCGCCGCCGCCAAGGACCGAGAUCUUGGUCGCGAAGGCCGGCGCCGCUCCUCCCGAUACUUGCUGGACAAGCAGCCGUCACUGGACACCAGCAUCAGCAGCAACACUGAGACCUCCUACAUCAGCGACUCCUCCUGGACGCGGAUGGACAGCUUCGGCUCUGGGCAGGAGGGGGAGUGGCCGGGAACUGCCCGGGCGGUGGCCACCUCCCGCAAGACGUCCAUGGAGAGCGGUUGCGGCGAGCGGGUAGGCAGCCCCUCCUUGGCCUGUGCGCGCAUCCGCACUCGUAGUAGUGACGUCACGGCGGCCGCUCGUCAGCGCCUGGCCUCCGACGGCGACAGCCCCACCCGCCCCUUGCCCCACUACCAGCUGGUGCGCAUCACGCACGGCUCCACCAUCUUGCAAGACGACAACUGCUCGUCCGGCACCGAUGAAGACUACUUGGACGAUGAGAGUAAGGUCAAACAGUCGCUACUGUAGGGUCAGUGCGGAUCCCAGGGGCUCACCAGGGACACGAACAUUGAAUACUACUUACCCUUCGGAGGUCUUGGGUCUCUCCAGUUCUUCUCAUCCCCUACUAACCUACCCGACUUUAAAAAAAAAACGGUAUUGAGAGGUCUGAGCUUUUUUCGAAAGCGACACUGUGACGAAGGCUCUGUAAUGUAAGUUCUGUAAGUGUGUGUGUGUUGCUGUCGGUGACUCUUCUUGUGGUCCCAGCAUUACAAGUGGAUAAUUCUCAUCUGCGCAUGCGUGUAGCUCCACUUUCUCACCUCCACAAUUGCUGUAGUCCGCCCUGAUGAAAGAAGAACCCCAUUGUCAGUGCUGAAGGAUGCAUAGAUGGUUGAGGGUUGAGGGUUGCUGAGGUCGAACGCUUGUUUUGUUUGUUUUUUUUUCAAUACGAUGGUGCUGUUGCGACCAUGGAUGGCAAGAGCUAUUCAUGCACGCUGGUACAAACAGACAUACACACCUGCCAGUCCCAAACACACAUACGGUCAAAUCUGUCCCCAUUACAUUUCUCUCUGUCACACACACACAUGCCAGUCACAUAAACACUACCCAACACACACAAGCACACAUCAAUUCCCCUAAC